GAAUUGUAUUUGUACUGCGUGGUGGAAUGUCAUUUUGGUUCGUGUUUGGAAAUGACGUUUGGGGUUUGUCAUUUUUCUUCUGUCUAGUUUACCGACAAACGGCGAUGCUAGAAUUCGCGCGUUUUGAUAGGUUUUGAAAAAAAUAUUCUUCAGCAUCUCCAGAAUCAUUGUGUAGUUUUAAUCGAAGACGAUCGGUAUACGUUUAUUGAGUUACGAUGUCUGUUUCGGAAACGGUAUCUAGAAACCAGGCGACCUCACAGCAAAGGUGCCUCCAAGUGGCAAACCAGCAACCAAACCCUCUGUCGGAAUUUCCUGAGUUUCUUAGCUUUAAAUGCAACCAGUCCGAUGGAACUGAGCUGCAGCUAAAGCUACAGUGCAAGCGGAAAGCCGACAUAGAUCCAAAACUGCUCAAGUGGGCAUUUAAGCUAGCCGAGCGCAACGUUGGGCCCCAGUAUCGGGCGUGUAGUUUAGGAUGGCAGCCAAAGAUUAAGCAGGCGGAUCUGAACAAACCAUGGGCACGGUAUCUUGUAGCGACGGAUGUGGCCACCAAAAAACCUGCAGCCUACACGAUGUUUCGCUUCGAUCUGGACUACGGUCGUAGCGUUCUGUACUGCUACGAGAUGCAGGUGGAAGAGGAAUUUCAGCGCAAAGGACUGGGAGCGUUCAUGAUGAAGGCGCUGGAACAGAUGGCGCAACACUUUUCCAUGGAGCGUGUCGUGCUGACGGUGCUGAAGAACAACGAGGAUGGCAUGCGAUUUUAUCGAAGGUUAGGUUACGAAGUGGAUGAAAUGUCCCCCGACAAGGAAGAAAACGCAGCCUACGAAAUAAUGAGCAAGUCAAUGCUGUGAAAGCCAUUUGGUUAAAAUUGAACUGAUGGACGAGUAAAGGACACAAGAAUAAAACUGUAAUACAAGACUGCCCUGUAGCUGAGAUGGUAGCUAUAGGAACUAAUGAAAAUAA